AUGACAAGAACGUCAGUCCUCGACUCGGUUCAGGGAAAAUCACCCUUCACCAUCCACAACCUACCGUAUGGAGUGAUCACCACUGCAGACAACCCGGAAAGAAGAUGCGCAACCGCAUUUCGAGACGACGCCAUUGACCUGGCGAUUGUUCAUGGGGAUGGGCUGUUCCAGGAUAUCCCCGGUCUGGAAGCCAACGUCUUUGCUAGCGACACGCUGAAUAUAUUCGCUGCCCUUCCUCACGAAACUCGCCAGAAAGUCCGUGGACGACUGAUCGAGGCAGUUGAGACGAAGAGCAUUUCGGCUGCAGCUGUGUUUCCCCUGAGCGACGUGCAGAACCAUUUUCCGAUGGCGACGGGGAACUUUUCCGACUUUUUCUGCUCAUGGGAACAUACUGUUAACUCUACAGAGGUAAUGCUGGGAAAGCCAACCUUUAUGCCGAACUGGUCGGUCAUACCCACCGUCUACAAUGGACGAACAUCCAGCCUGGCCAUCUCUGGCACCCCUAUAACUCGCCCGUGCGGUGUUUUCCCGCAGGUCAGUGGUGAAGCGCAGAAAGGCGAAGUCCAGUUCCAGCCGGAAGGAGAGUUUGACUUCGAGCUGGAGAUGGGUGUCUUCCUGUCGAAGCCCGUCCCCCGCGGUAGAAGACCUGACAUGGCCAGCAUCAAAGAGCACAUAUUUGGCUUUGUCCUACUAAAUGACUGGUCCGCACGGAAUAUUCAGCAGUUCGAAUCCCCCUUUCUGGGUCCAUUCCACGCCAAGGGAUCCGGUACUUCCAUCUCACCGUGGAUCGUGGCGCUGGAAGCCCUGGACCGUGUUGUCUGCCCGCGAGCGAGUGUGCAGAGUCCAGCACCAUUGCGGCAUUUACAGUGCCCGGAAGAGACGGAGGCAACUUUUGAUAUCCACGUUUUUGCAAAAGUUCUGCGUAAUGGAACCCAGUAUCUCUUCACUGAAGCGAAUUUGAAUGAACUCCACUGGACACCCUUCCAACAGCUCGUCCAUCUUGGGAGCGCAGGUGAAGGACUGUCUACGGGAGAUAUUUUCGGCACAGGCACCAUUUCCAGCUCUCGAACCAAUUCCUCUGGCGAGAAAACUGGACUAGGCUGUAUACUUGAGAGGAAACUGAGGAGGAACAAACUCUCUUCCCUUCCAGACGAUAUCGCCGAGACCUUCCUCCUGGAUGGCGACGAGGUGGUUUUGGAAGGAUGGUGCAUAGACCGGGAGACUAGCGAGGUGAUCCUGGGGUUUGGACAGUGUAGGGGGAAGGUAAUGCCUGCAUACAGGUCUGAAUAG